AUGACAAACGAUACACGUAGAAGCACGUCCUGCGUAAUCCGCUGGGGUCUUUUGAAGACGCUGGCGCUCGUGUUGCUUCUCCUCGGCGCACUUACGACAAUCCUUCGGAUCGCGGAAAUAUCGAGUAUCAUUUCUUUAAACGCGAUGGAAUCGACAGUAACACAACUAAAGAACAACCGUGUAAAACGUAUUGAAACGCCCUAUGUCUAUAAAGAUAAAAAGAUUCAGCAAAUGUGCUUUACUUCUCGAGAUAUGGGAAUUUUUUCAGCCAUACGCCAAGCAGCCAAUAAUUUCUGCAUGGAGGGAGGGUGGGAUCGUGCAAAAGAGGGUCCAGUAAGUAUAAAGAAGGCAACAAAAGUGUCGCUUUAUCAAGUUGAGGGAGGAAUUGAAACGGCGAUAUUUCAAAACUUAAUGUUGGAUUUUGUGGGUGUAGCCAUCUAUCGUCCUAUUAAAACUAUGGCACAUGACGGAGGACGUCAUGAUCCGAGAUUUGUCUUUAAUCUGAGAUUGAUUAAUUGUGUAUGUGAUGAACUUGCUGAAUAUUAUAGUAACCGUCUAGGAUCUCAAGAAGGUAGCAUACAACAGAUUUGGUAUCAAAGGUUAGUGUCGCUACCGCAAAAUUCAUAUCCAAUGGCGACCAUUUGUUCUCCAAAUACGAGACGAUCGGAGUGGGAUUUUGUCAAAUAUCCAAGAAAAGGACCAGAUUAUAACGAGACAGUGGUGUUUGAAGACCCCGUGGUGCUCAUAGCACGUAGAGACGACCAUAACCCUUUUUUUCAGAUUGCGGCUGCGUUUAACGUGUGGAUUAUGUUCAAGGCACUGAAUUGGGAUAUUACCAAGACCCGUGUCAUUCAUUUGGAUGCUGGCUAUCCUACACCGAUAGAUACAUUGCACAAGGCUUUGCUAGGGCCAAACCAUGAGAUUGUUGACGGAGCGACGUUAAUGGGUAAACGCGUGCACUUCCGUGGCAGCGUGUUACUUGCACCUUAUGAGAAUACGGGUCCUAUGAUGCAACAUUUGACUGAUCAUGAACCGUGUCAUGAGUCGGAACUGAUCAAGACAUUUCGUGCCGAGUCUCUUCAAGCCCUUAAUAUAACACCGGAUAUUGAACGCGAGCUUGGCGUUACUAAGAUCCGGUCACUAAUGGUGACGGUAAUUAGUCGUCGGCCAUAUGGGGGACGUAUCAUGCACCGCGUCUGGGAAAAUGAGGAUGAGGUAAUCGCGAGCAUGCAGGCUGAGUACAAGGAUCUAAACGCGGGGUUUCGCUCGAUCGACUACGUAAACUUAACGCUACACGAACAGAUAAAAAAUACCAUCGAGAGCGACAUGAUCAUUAGCAUGCACGGUGCUGGUCUCGCGAAUGUAAUUUGGACACGUCCGAUGACUACAGUGGUGGAGAUUUUCCCGAAGCCGAAGAAACGUUGGGGUUACCGAAAUAUGUGUCAGUUCAUGGGUUGCGACUGGCACCAAUUUCGCGGUGGUCAGGACAUUAUUUUUAACAAAGACGACCUAAACGAUGUGAAUAAGGUCAUCCCGUACGACGAGUGGAUGGCUUUCUUCCACCCGUUAUUCCAAAAAGCCUAUGGCGCUUUUAACGAGCAACAAGCAUUGUUACGCGGAGAAGCAUCGUAA